UGCUGCAGCAAGUGUAGCGCUGCUGCGCAGUCAACGCGUAGUUUCCGAACCAUCGACUAGCGCUGGCACAUACAUAUUAUUACUUAAUUUCGAACAAAAAUCAGUGAGAAAUUUACUUUAAAUACUAACAAAUAUACACGUUAUAACAAAUUUUGUGGGGAGGUGCGGAAACGCUUCUACGACUUCUUUCUCACACAAUUUUCGCAACACACACACAUCCAAAGCAAGCAAACGAACGAACUAAAAAGAAAAUAAACUGAGAUUAUAAAACAGAACUUUUAAGCCAACAACAGACACUAAUCGAAACCGGGCUAAAAAAAAAAAGGAAAACAAAAAAAAACAGACAACAUGGCUCACACACAUCUGGCCAGGGCGGUCAAAAACAUCGAGGCGCCGCGUCCGCUCAAGACACAAUCGCGUUCAUCGCUGAAGAACAGCUACCUGGUAAUCGAGGAGCUGAUUCAGUUGAUCGACAAUGUGACUGUGGGUCUGCAGUCAUGCAAUACGACAACCGAAUCGAUAACGCUGCUGCUGCAUAAUUUACGGGUCCACGGGCCGCAGCUGGAGGCGGUGUCCAAGGAUACGCUGGAUCGUGCAUUCGUUGUGUUUCGCAAUGCUUCGCAGGACGAACGUCUGAACAUAAUGACACGACUCAAGCUCCUCGAACUGAUCGAACUGCGCGCCAACAGCUGGGAGGACAAAGACACAAUUGCCUACUACAAGUCCAAGCAACAAGUGUCCAGCGUUGAGCUACCCGCUGAAACAUAUCAACACGAUGCUGCCGGCGUCGUUGGCAACCAGCAACAGGCCUUUCUAAGCACCUCCCCCACAUUUGGUGUCACCGGCUCCGGUUUGGCUGCUGCUAAUGCGGCUGCCUUCAAUGCGGCAACCGCUGCUGCCGCCGCACAGGCAGCGGCCAUUGCCGCCGUGGGCUCACCCAACCAGCAGCAUCUGCUGUUGCCACCCGGUGAAGUUAUACGCAAUUCGGGCAAGUUUCCCAAGCCAACGAAAAUUCCGGGCAAGACCUAUUGCAAGGAUGAGGUGGUCAUACGCAACGCCGACUCCGGCAAGGUUAUGGGCAUUAAGGGCCGACGCGUACACAUGAUCGAGGAACUUAGCGAAACUAUAAUAUCCUUUCAAAGAGUCAACCCUGGCGCCAAGGAACGUCUAGUGCAGAUUACCGGACCAGCUGAAGACAAAAUUAACUACGCCAAGCAAUUGAUGGAAGAUACCAUACGUCGUAACGCUUCGCCGGUGCGCCUGGAGCCAGCACCAUCAGCUGGCGGUACAGGCGGCUCCUGUUCAUCGCUCAACUCCUCCAAUUCGGAUGACGCCGUUGCGGUGCAGCCGCGCACGCCCGGCGCCAGCAGCAGCCUGGCCAAUCGCUUGAGCUUCAAUUCGGCGCAGAAUUUCAUGACUGCCACAGCUGCGGCCCAUCAAAUGUCGCAGCACCAUCAACAGCCGCAGCAGGCACAGCAACAUCAGCAUCAUCAUCACCACCAUCAGCAGCAGCAGGCUGCCAAUGCGGCUGCUGCGGCGGCGGCUACAGCUGCUGCCGGUAAAGUUAUGCGUCCCAAUCAGCAGCUGCUAAUGCAUUCAUAUUCCACAAACGAUGCUUCCGUAGGUGAAUACAAAUUCACGGUGAAUGUGGGCCAGCAUCUCAUCAAGAUUACGGGCGACUGUUGCGAGCUAGUGCGUGUGGCCAAACUCGUCUUGGAUGACUAUUUCAGCAGCUCCGAGUUCUUGGCUUCCAUGGAGGCGGGCGCCGCUUUUGAUGGCACUUCGCUGGUCAGUCCGGUGACAACGCCCUCCACACCGCUGCCCGGCUCCGGACCACCGCAGUUUAUGCUGAGCAACGCGCUGCCGCUGGCCGAUAGCGGCAUUGGUCUCAACUAUGCGGCUGGACAGGCUAACAAUAACGGCGAUGGCGACGAUGAAGUGUUCGCCGAGUCCAAUGGCAGCAGCAGCAAUCAGAAUGGUCUAGCGCGAUCCCGUCGCAGUCAUUUCUCACGCAAAGAGUCCACGCCCGAAGUGAAGGCAGCACGCGAAAAGCUCGAAGAAGACGGCGCUGUCAAUCUAAAGACGAAUAACUCACGCGUCUCAUAUGAUAUUGAACAUUUGAUGUACUAUUCGAAGAGUCCGCAUGCCUGGGCGCUGCCCAUCGAGUGGAUGAAAAUGAUGGAGACUGUGCCUUCGAUACUACGCAAUAAGGAUCUACAGGAUGAGAGCCAGCGUUUCGAUGGAGAAAAAUAUUUGGCCAGCAUUCAAAGUGCCAGCAAGCGAACUAUUGUGGCCGCCGACGAUACCGAAAAUGUGGAUGAAUAACACAGUAGAAGAAGAAAACAUAAUAACAAAAACAAAAACCUAAAAUAUAAUCAACGAUUUAGUUAUUGUUAAACAAUAUUAUAACAAACCAACCCGACAAUAGCUAAUCUUUAUGUAUGGACAGUUGUCUGUUUGCGAGACUUUUAUAGAAGCCCCCAAAAAAAAAUAUCAGACUAACUUGCAUCUUUCUGUUUUUGUACUAUGCUUUUAGCUUUAGCGUGUCACGUACAUUUCUUAAUAUUAUGAACGACCAAAAAUGAAAAAAAAAAAAUCAAAUUUCUAAAAACUAACUUAAGUUAGGAGCUUUAUAGAAAAAAACAAAGCCUACGACGAUUUAUAUGAUAAAUUUAAAGCAAGCAACUUUCUAACGAUGCGCUUUAAGUUAAACCUCAAAAAAACGAUGAUUAUUUACUAAUAUGCAUAAUAUACUUGCUAUGAUAAUAACUAAAUGCAACUUCAAUUACUCGGAUUACGAAAAGCGGUUCGAACAUUAACGGCCAAAAUGAACGCAAAUGCAUUUUUAUUCAACUAGUAAAAAAAAAAAGAAUGAUAAACAUACAUUUUUAUUUUCUCAACACACGCAUAUGUAUCAUAUGUAUCUAAUUUCAAUCAUCCUACUUUUGUAUGUAGUUCCCUAUUCUCAAAAACAACAUUUAUCAUUUGUCGUAUAUUUUUAUUUUUGUGCAAUAUCAUUUAAAAAGAAUUGUAUUUGAAUUUUUCUCUAGUCCAAUGCGUUAUGGAAACUUGUCUUAUCUUGAUUUUUGGUUUCUACAAUUAACACACCAAAAAAUUUUUAUGGAAUUUCUGUUUAUGUUUUAGCUAAUUUAUUUAAUUUAUUAUAAAUUAUAUAAUUUCGACAAAUGAAAAUCGUUCACAUAUAUGCAAAAUACAAAUAAAUUGAAUAAAGAUCAA